AUGGCAGGUACAGGUGUAACGCUUCACUCAGCAGCAUCACCAUGUUUAAAAAACCAAUCCUGGUACAUGAUGAUGUGCUCCCAGCUCUCUAGUCUAGAAGCCAGAGCUCUGGCGGUCCUCUCCUAGCAGAGUAAACACACACAGAUGGAGAGCAUGAGAUGCUAUGGCUUUUGAGCUGCAGCUGACGCUCCUCUCCUAGCAGUGUGAGGAGGAAGCAGCUAGCUCCUGAUUUGAUAUCCAGCGACUCCUGUGUCAUGUGUUCCAGGGCCCGUUCUCUUUGUCUCCUUCCUGGGUCUGUCUCUGGCUAUGUCACAAAUGCCACCCUAUUCCCUAUAUGGUGCACUACUUUUGACCAGAGCUCGAUGGGACCUGGCCAAAAGUAGUGCACUACAUAGGGAAUAGAGGUGCCAGUUGAGAUGCAACCUCUGUCUCACUCUCUGUCUCACUGGCUGCUGAAUUGAGAGCAGAUGGCGUCGCUGCAGUGCAUAGUUUUAGACUCCUACAUCCUCAUACCGAAAGGGAUGCAUGAAGUCCAACAGAACUCAACCGAUACACAGUCUAGACCAGGGUUGCCCAACCCUGUUCCUGGAGAGCUACCGUCCUGUAGGUUUUUGCUCCAACCCCAGGUGUUACUAACCUGAUUCAUUUUACGAAAACGAUGGCACACGCCAGAUAGCUAGCAACAAUAGCAAGAAGCUGCCAUGUGGGGAAUCGCAGGCGGCUCGUUUCAGCUAGUUUUAUCCUGUGUUCUUGAUCCCAUGUCUUGUUUUGAGGUGUUUUGACUGAUGUCACGUCAAUGCUAAUAUGGCUGAAACUCGCUAGCUAGCUAACCAACAACUGUAGCGAUGUAUUAGAGUGCUCAUUCUGCACAUUUAUUUCUGUUUUCAAUAAACAUUGGAGACUAAAUAUAGGUUACAUGUUGUCAACAAUCUAAGCCAGGACUGCCCAACCCUGUUCCUGGAGAGCUACCCUCCUGUAGGUUUUUGCUCCAACCCUAAUCUAGCACACCUGAUUCUAAUAAUUUAGCAGGUUGAUAAAAUGAAUCAGGUUAGUAACACCUGGGGUUGGAGGCGAAAAACCUACAGGAGGGCAGCUCUCCAGGAACAGGGUUGGGCAACCCUGGUCUAGAUGUUACAGUGGUGGUAGUGGUGGUGCUAUGGUAGCGACAGCGGCUAGUAGCUAGCUGAACACUCUGCGUGUGUACUUUAAUAGGAAUUCAAGCGAAUCACAGACCGUCUACACUAGAUACCACCUACCUGAACCCCGUACGACGUAAUAGUUUAUAGGACACCGUUUAGUUCAUUUUGUUCAUAUGCAGCGUGGCUGUGGUAUGAUAUAAACUGUAGAAGUAUUAAUUCAUCCGGCCAUAUUGAAAUGGUGGAGUAAAAUCCUCCGUGGUUUGGAGCAUGGCAAAGCAAGCGGAAAGAUUUAGUGAUAAGUAAAAUAUUGUGAUUGUCCAGUCCAACGUGUUUAACUUUUCCUGCACUAAAUAUGAAGUCUAGAAGUAUACCGUGAUGGUGUGAUAGUAGUCACUGUUGCAAUAUGAAGUCUAGAAGUAUACCGUGAUGGUCUGAUAGUAGUUGCUGUUGCAAUAUGAAGUCUAGAAGUGUACCGUGAUGGUCUGAUAGUAGUCACUGUUGCAAUAUGAAGUCUAGAAGGAUACCGUGAUGGUCUGAUAGUAGUCACUGUUGCAAUAUGAAGUCUAGAAGGAUACCGUGUUGGUCUGAUAGUAGUCACUGUUGCAAUAUGAAGUCUAGAAGUAUACCGUGAUGGUCUGAUAGUAGUCACUGUUGCAAUAUGAAGUCUAGAAGUAUACCGUGAUGGUCUGAUAGUAGUCACUGUUGCAAUAUGAAGUCUAGAAGUGUACCGUGAUGGUCUGAUAGUAGUCACUGUUGCAAUAUGAAGUCUAGAAGUGUACCGUGAUGGUCUGAUAGUAGUCACUGUUGCAAUAUGAAGUCUAGAAGUAUACCGUGAUGGUCUGAUAGUAGUCACUGUUGCAAUAUGAAGUCUAGAAGGAUACCGUGUUGGUCUGAUAGUAGUCACUGUUGCAAUAUGAAGUCUAGAAGUAUACCGUGAUGGUCUGAUAGUAGUCACUGUUGCAAUAUGAAGUCUAGAAGGAUACCGUGAUGGUCUGAUAGUAGUCACUGUUGCAAUAUGAAGUCUAGAAGGAUACCGUGAUGGUCUGAUAGUAGUCACUGUUGCAAUAUGAAGUCUAGAAGUGUACCGUGAUGGUCUGAUAGUAGUCACUGUUGCAAUAUGAAGUCUAGAAGUAUACCGUGAUGGUCUGAUAGUAGUCACUGUUGCAAUAUGAAGUCUAGAAGUAUACCGUCAUGGUCUGAUAGUAGUCACUGUUGCAAUAUGAAGUCUAGAAGUAUACCGUGAUGGUCUGAUAGUAGUCACUGUUGCAAUAUGAAGUCUAGAAGUAUACCGUGAUGGUCUGAUAGUAGUCACUGUUGCAAUAUGAAGUCUAGAAGGAUACCGUGAUGGUCUGAUAGUAGUCACUGUUGCAAUAUGAAGUCUAGAAGUAUACCGUGAUGGUCUGAUAGUAGUCACUGUUGCAAUAUGAAGUCUAGAAGGAUACCGUGUUGGUCUGAUAGUAGUCACUGUUGCAAUAUGAAGUCUAGAAGGAUACCGUGAUGGUCUGAUAGUAGUCACUGUUGCAAUAUGAAGUCUAGAAGGAUACCGUGAUGGUCUGAUAGUAGUCACUGUUGCAAUAUGAAGUCUAGAAGGAUACCGUGAUGGUCUGAUAGUAGUCACUGUUGCAAUAUGAAGUCUAGAAGGAUACCGUGAUGGUCUGAUAGUAGUUGCUGUAGUUCUGUCAAGUCCUAUCGUUACUCAAAGGGGAAUAUUGUUGUGUGUGUGUGUGUGUGUGUGCGUGUGACUCUCUGUGUGUGACUCUCUGUGUGUGUGUCUGUCUCUCUUUCUCUCGUCUCUGUGUGUGUUUCUACAUCUGAUUUGGCUGUGUUUCUACAUAAAAUAAUAAUAAUAUGCCAUUUAGCAGACGCUUUUAUCCAAAGCGACUUAGUCAUGUGCGCAUACAUGUUUACGUAUGGGUGGUCCCGGGGAUCCAACCCACUACCCUGGCGUUACAAGCGCCAUGCUCUACCAAUUGAGCUACAGAGGACCACAUCUGAUUUGGCUGUGUUUCUACAUCUGAUUUGGCUGUGUUUCUACAUCUGAUUUGGCUGUGUUUCUACAUCUGAUUUGGCUGUGUUUCUACAUCUGAUUUGGCUGUGUUUCUGUCUCUCUGCUUCCAGGGGACGACUUCUCCAUCAUCCAGCAGGAGAUCUUCAUGGUGAAGGAAUGCAUGCACCACAACAUAGUGGCCUACUUCGGGAGUUACCUCUGGUAAGAGCCAAGACAACACUGAAUACCAGGCACCCUAUUCCCUAGGGCCCAGUGCUACCUCUGGUAAGAGCCAAGACAACACUCAAUACCCGGGAUGUUACAAAUGAUCCCUAGGGCCCAGUGCUACCUCUGGUAAGAGCCAAGACCACACUCAAUACCUACCAGCACUCUGUAUCUGAGUGAGGUGGUGAUAGUCUAGCCGCGGGAGGAGGUGAUAGUCUAGCCGCGGGAGGAGGUGAUAGUCUAGCCGCGGGAGGAGGUGAUAGUCUAGCCGCGGGAGGAGGUGAUAGUCUAGCCGCGUGAGGAGGUGAUAGUCUAGCCGCGGGAGGAGGGGAUAGUCUAGCCGCGGGAGGAGGUGAUAGUCUAGCCGCGGGAGGUGGUGAUAGUCUAGCCGCGGGAGGAGGUGAUAGUCUAGCCGCGGGAGGAGGGGAUAGUCUAGCCGCGGGAGUGAGGGGAUAGUCUAAGCCGCGGGAGGAGGUGAUAGUCUAGCCGCGGGAGGUGGUGAUAGUCUAGCCGCGGGAGGAGGUGAUAGUCUAGCCGCGGGAGGUGGUGAUAGUCUAGCCGCGGGAGGAGGUGAUAGUCUAGCCGCGGGAGGAGGUGAUAGUCUAGCCCGCGGGAGGAGUGAUAGUCUAGCCGCGGAGGAGGUGUAUAGUCUAGCCGCGGGAGGGAGGUGAUAGUCUAGCCGCGUGAGGAGGUGAUAGUCUAGCCCGCGGGAGGAGGUGAUAGUCUAGCCGCGGGAGGAAGGUGAUAGUCUAGCCGCGGAGGAGGUGAUAGUCUAGCCGCGGAGGAGUGAUAGUCCUAGCCGGCGGGAGGAGGGUGCCUGGUCUGUAGCUGAGUGGGGUCAGGAGGGGAUAGUCUGUAGCUGAGUGGGAUAGUCUGUAGCUGAGUGGGGUCAGGAGGGGAUAGUCUGUAGCUGAGUGGGGGAUAGUCCUGUAGCUGAGUGGGGAUAGUCUGUAGCUGAGUGGGGAUAGUCUGUAGCUGAGUGGGGUCAGGAGGGGAUAGUCCUGUAGCUGAGUGGGGUCAGGAGGGGAUAGUCUGUAGCUGAGUGGGGAUAGUCCUGUAGCUGAGUGGGUCAGAGGGGAUAGUCUGUAGCUGAGUGGGGUCAGGAGGGGAUAGUCUGUAGCUGAGUGGGGUCAGGAGGGGAUAGUCUGUAGCUGAUUGGGGGAUAGUCUGUAGCUGAGUGGGGUCCAGGAGGGGAAUAGUCUGUAGCUGAGUGGGGAUAGUCUGUAGCUGAGUGGGGGUCAGGAGGGGAUAGUCUGUAGCUGAGUGGGGUCAGGAGGGGAUAGUCUGUAGCUGAGUGGGGAUAGUCUGUAGCUGAGUGGGGUCAGGAGGGGAUAGUCUGUAGCUGAGUGGGGAUAGUCCUGUAGCUGAGUGGGGUCAGGAGGGGAUAGUCUGUAGCUGAGUGGAGGUCAUGAGGGGAUAGUCUGUAGCUGAGUGGGGUCAGGAGGGGAUAGUCUGUAGCUGAGUGGGGAUAGUCUGUAGCUGAGUGGGGAUAGUCUGUAGCUGAGUGGGGAUAGUCUGUAGCUGAGUGGGGAUAGUCUGUAGGUGAGUGGGGUCAGGAGGGGAUAGUCUGUAGCUGAGUGGGGUCAGGAGGGGAUAGUCUGUAGCUGAGUGGGGAUAGUCUGUAGCUGAGUGGGGUCAGGAGGGGAUAGUCUGUAGCUGAGCGGGGUCAGGAUGGGAUAGUCUGUAGCUGAGUGGGGUCAGGAGGGGAUAGUCUGUAGCUGAGUGGGGAUAGUCUGUAGCUGAGUGGGGAUAGUCUGUAGCUGAGUGGGGUCAGGAGGGGAUAGUCCUGUAGCUGAGUGGGGUCAGGAGGGGAUAGUCCUGUAGCUGAGUGGGGGUCAGGAGGGGAUAGUCCUGUAGCUGAGUGGGGUCAGGAGGGGAUAGUCUGUAGCUGAGUGGGGUCAGGAGGGGAUAGUCUGUAGCUGAGUGGGGAUAGUCUGUAGCUGAGUGGGGUCAGGAGGGGAUAGUCCUGUAGCUGAGUGGGGUCAGGAGGGGAUAUUCUGUAGCUGAGUUGGGGAUAGUCUGUAGCUGAGUGGGGUCAGGAGGGGAUAGUCUGUAGCUGAGUGGGGUCAGGAGGGGAUAGUCCUGUAGCUGAGCGGGGUCAGGAGGGGAUAGUCUGUAGCUGAGUGGGGAUAGUCUGUAGCUGAGUGGGGUCAGGAGGGGAUAGUCUGUAGCUGAGUGGGGAUAGUCUGUAGCUGAGUGGGGUCAGGAGGGGAUAGUCUGUAGCUGAGUGGGGUCAGGAGGGGAUAGUCUGUAGCUGAGUGGGGUCAGGAGGGGAUAGUCUGUAGCUGAGUGGGGUCAGGAGGGGAUAGUCUGUAGCUGAGUGGGGUCAGGAGGGGAUAGUCUGUAGCUGAGUGGGGUCAGGAGUGGAUAGUCUGUAGCUGAGUGGGGGUCAGGAGGGGAUAGUCUGUAGCUGAGUGGGGUCAGGAGGGGAUAGUCUGUAGCUGAGUGGGGAUAGUCUGUAGCUGAGUGGGGAUAGUCUGUAGCUGAGUGGGGAUAGUCCUGUAGCUGAGUGGGGUCAGGAGGGGAUAGUCUGUAGCUGAGUGGGGAUAGUCGUAGCUGAGUGGGGUCAGGAGGGGAUAGUCUGUAGCUGAGUGGGGAUAGUCUGUAGCUGAGUGGGGUCAGGAGGGGAUAGUCUGUAGCUGAGUGGGGUCAGGAUGGGGAUAGUCCUGUAGCUGAGUGGGGUCAGGAGGGGAUAGUCUGUAGCUGAGUGGGGAUAGUCUGUAGCUGAGUGGGGAUAGUCUGUAGCUGAGUGGGGAUAGUCUGUAGCUGAGUGGGGAUAGUCUGUAGCUGAGUGGGGAUAGUCUGUAGCUGAGUGGGGAUAGUCUGUAGCUGAGUGGGGAUAGUCUGUAGCUGAGUGGGGAUAGUCUGUAGCUGAGUGGGGUCAGGAGGGGAUAGUCUGUAGCUGAGUGGGGUCAGGAGGGGAUAGUCUGUAGCUGAGUGGGGAUAGUCUGUAGCUGAGUGGGGUCAGGAGGGGAUAGUCUGUAGCUGAGUGGGGAUAGUCUGUAGCUGAGUGGGGUCAGGAGGGGAUACUCCUGUAGCUGAGUGGGGUCAGGAGGGGAUAGUCCUGUAGCUGAGUGGGGUCAGGAGGGGAUAGUCUGUAGCUGAGUGGGGUCAGGAGGGGAUAGUCUGUAGCUGAGUGGGGUCAGGAGGGGAUAGUCUGUAGCUGAGUGGGGUCAGGAGGGGAUAGUCUGUAGCUGAGUGGGGAUAGACUGUAGCUGAGUGGGGUCAGGAGGGGAUAGUCUGUAGCUGAGUGGGGUCAGGAGGGGAUAGUCCUGUAGCUGAGUGGGGUCAGGAGGGGAUAGUCUGUAGCUGAGUGGGGUCAGGAGGGGAUAGUCUGUAGCUGAGUGGGGUCAGGAGGGGAUAGUCUGUAGCUGAUUGGGGAUAGUCUGUAGCUGAGUGGGGAUAGUCUGUAGCUGAGUGGGGUUAGUCUGUAGCUGAGUGGGGUCAGGAGGGGAUAGUCUGUAGCUGAGUGGGGUCAGGAGGGGAUAGUCUGUAGCUGAGUGGGGAUAGUCUGUAGCUGAGUGGGGUCAGGAGGGGAUAGUCUGUAGCUGAGCGGGGUCAGGAGGGGAUAGUCUGUAGCUGAGUGGGGUCAGGAGGGGGUAGUCUGUAGCUGAGUGGGGAUAGUCUGUAGCUGAGUGGGGUCAGGAGGGGAUAGUCUGUAGCCGAGUGGGGUCAGGAGGGGAUAGUCUGUAGCUGAGUGGGGUCAGGAGGGGAUAGUCUGUAGCUGAGCGGGGUCAGGAGGGGAUAGUCUGUAGCUGAGUGGGGAUAGUCUGUAGCUGAGUGGGGAUAGUCUGUAGCUGAGUGGGGUCAGGAGGGGAUAGUCUGUAGCUGAGUGGGGUCAGGAGUGGAUAGUCUGUAGCUGAGCGGGGUCAGGAGUGGAUAGUCUGUAGCUGAGCGGGGUCAGGAGGGGAUAGUCUGUAGCUAAAUGGGGUCAGGAGUGGAUAGUCCUGUAGCUGAGUGGGGAUAGUCUGUAGCUGAGUGGGUAUAGUCUGUAGCUGAGUGGGGUCAGGAGGGGAUAGUCUGUAGCUGAGUGGGGUCAGGAGGGGAUAGUCUGUAGCUGAGCGGGGUCAGGAGGGGAUAGUCUGUAGCUGAGUGGGGAUAGUCUGUAGCUGAGUGGGGUCAGGAGGGGAUAGUCUGUAGCUGAGUGGGGAUAGUCUGUAGCUGAGUGGGGUCAGGAGGGGAUAGUCUGUAGCUGAGUGGGGAUAGUCUGUAGCUGAGUGGGGUCAGGAGGGGAUAGUCUGUAGCUGAGUGGGGAUAGUCUGUAGCUGAGUGGGGAUAGUCUGUAGCUCAGUGGGGAUAGUCUGUAGCUGAGUGGGGAUAGACUGUAGCUGAGUGGGGUCAGGAGGGGAUAGUCUGUAGCUGAGUGGGGUCAGGAGGGGAUAGUCUGUAGCUGAGUGGGGAUAGUCUGUAGCUGAGUGGGGUCAGGAGGGGAUAGUCUGUAGCUGAGUGGGGAUAGUCUGUAGCUGAGUGGGGUCAGGAGGGGAUAGUCUGUAGCUGAGUGGGGAUAGUCUGUAGCUGAGUUGGGUCAGGAGGGGAUAGUCUUUAGCUGAGUGGGGUCAGGAGGGGAUAGUCUGUAGCUGAGUGGGGUCAGGAGGGAUAGUCUGUAGCUGAGCGGGGUCAGGAGGGGAUAGUCUGUAGCUGAGUGGGGAUAGUCUGUAGCUGAGUGGGGAUAGUCUGUAGCUGAGUGGGGGUCAGGAGGGGAUAGUCUGUAGCUGAGUGGGGAUAGUCUGUAGCUGAGUGGGGUCAGGAGGGGAUAGUCUGUAGCUGAGUGGGGUCAGGAGGGGAUAGUCUGUAGCUGAGUGGGGAUAGUCUCUAGCUGAGUGGGGAUAGUCUGUAGCUGAGUGGGGUCAGGAGGGGAUAGUCUGUAGCUGAGUGGGGAUAGUCUGUAGGUGAGUGGGGUCAGGAGUGGAUAGUCUGUAGCUGAGUGGGGUCAGGAGGGGUUAGUCUGUAGCUGAGUGGGGUCAGGAGGGGAUAGUCUGUAGCUGAGUGGGGUCAGGAGGGGAUAGUCUGUAGCUGAGUGGGGAUAGUCUGUAGCUGAGUGGGGUCAGGAGGGGAUAGUCUGUAGCUGAGUGGGGAUAGACUGUAGCUGAGUGGGGUCAGGAGGGGAUAGUCUGUAGCUGAGUGGGGUCAGGAGGGGAUAGUCUAGCUGAGUGGGGAUAGUCUGUAGCUGAGUGGGGUCAGGAGGGGAUAGUCUGUAGCUGAGCGGGUGGUCAGGAGGGGAUAGUCUGUAGCUGAGUGGGGUCAGGAGUGGAUAGUCCUGUAGCUGAGUGGGGUCAGGAGGGGAUAGUCUGUAGCUGAGUGGGGUCAGGAGGGGAUAGUCUGUAGCUGAGUGGGGGUCAGGAGGGGAUAGUCUGUAGCUGAGUGGGGUCAGGAGGGGAUAGUCUGUAGCUGAGUGGGGAUAGUCUGUAGCUGAGCGGGGGUCAGGAGGGGAUAGUUUGUAGCUGAGUGGGGUCAGGAGGGGAUAGUCUGUAGCUGAGUGGGGAUAGUCUGUAGCUGAGUGGGGUCAGGAGGGGAUAGUCUGUAGCUGAGUGGGGUCAGGAGGGGAUAGUCUGUAGCUGAGUGGGGUCAGGAGGGGAUAGUCUGUAGCUGAGUGGGGUCAGGAGGGGAUAGUCUGUAGCUGAGUGGGGUCAGGAGGGGAUAGUCUGUAGCUGAGUGGGGAUAGUCUGUAGCUGAGUGGGGUCAGGAGGGAUAGUUUGUAGCUGAGUGGGGUCAGGAGGGGAUAGUCUGUAGCUGAGUGGGGAUAGUCUGUAGCUGAGUGGGGAUAGUCUGUAGCUGAGUGGGGAUAGUUUGUAGCUGAGUGGGGUCAGGAGGGGAUAGUCUGUAGCUGAGUGGGGUCAGGAGGGGAUAGUCUGUAGCUGAGUGGGGUCAGGAGGGGAUAGUCUGUAGCUGAGCGGGGUCAGGAGGGGAUAGUCUGUAGCUGAGUGGGGUCAGGAGGGGAUAGUCUGUAGCUGAGUGGGGAUAGUCUGUAGCUGAGUGGGGUCAGGAGGGAGUACUUGAUAUUUCCAGACCAGAGUAAUGAAAGAGUGUAAAGGUCAGAUCACCCAAGGUUCUAAAUAUCAGGAUGUGUGGUUUACAAUAUAAUGGAGACUAUCCUCUGAAUGGCCUUAGCACAGCCCUGCCAAGUAUUGCCAGCCCUGCCAAGUAGUGCCAGUCCUGCUCAUAAACGUAUAUAGGCCCAUCCCUGAUGAUAGACUUGCCUUCGGAAAGUAUUCAGACCCCUUACCUUUUUCCACAUUUUGUUACGUUACAGCCUUAUUCUAAAAUUGAUUAAAUACAAAUCUACACACAAUACCCCAUAAUGACAAAACAAAAAAAAUAGUUUUUAGAAAUGUUGCAAAUGUGUUAAAAAUAUUUAACAGAUAUACCUUAUUUACAUAAGUAUUCAGACCAUUUGCUGUGAGACUCUAAAUAGAGAUCAGGUGCAUCAUGUUUCCACUGAUCAUCCUUUAGAUGUUUCUACAACUUGAUUGGAGUCCACCUGUGGUAAAUUCAAUUGAUUGGACAUGAUUUGGAAAGACACACACCUGUCUAUAUAAGGUCCCACAGUUGACAGUGCAUGUAGCUCAGUUGGCUACAAGCAUGGCGCUUGCAACGCCAGGGUUGUGGGUUCGUUUCUCACGGGGGGCCAGUAUGAAAAAUGUAUGCACUCACUAACUGUAAGUCGCUCUGGAUAAGAGCAUCUGCUAAAUGACUAAAAAAAUAAUAAUAAUACAAAUACAUUUUAAAAAAGAGCAGAAACCAAGCCAUGAGGUCGAAGGAAUUGUCCGUAGAGCUCCGAGACAGGAUUGUGUCGAGGCACAGAUCUGUGGAAGGGUACCAAACAAUGUCUGCAGCAUUGAAGGUCCCCAAGAACACAGUGGCCUCCAUCACUCUUAAAUGGAAGAAGUUUGGAACCACCAAGACUCUUCCUAGAGCUGGCCACCCGGCCAAACUGAGAAAUCGGGGGAGAAGGGCCUUGGUCAGGGAGGUGACCAAGAACCCGAUGGUCACUCUGACAGAGCUCCAGAGUUCCUCUGUGGAGAUGGGAGAACCUUCCAGAAGGACAACCAUCUCUGUAGAAAUUCACCAAUCAGGCCUUUAUGGUAGAGUGGCCAGACGGAAGCCACUCCUUAGUAAAAGGUACAUGACAGCCUGCUUGGAGUUUGUCAAAAGGCACUUAAAGGACUCUCAGACCAUGACAAACAAGAUUCUCUGGUCUGAUGAAACCAAGAUUGAACUCUUUGGCCUGACUGCCAAGCGUCCGGUCUGGAGGAAUCCUGGCACCAUCCCUACGGUGUAGCAUGGUGGUGGCAGCAUCAUGCUGUGGGGAUGUUUUUCAGCGGCAGGGACUGAGAGACUAGUCAGGCUCAAGGGAAAGAUGAACGGAGCAAAGUACUGAGAGGUCCUUUAUGAAAACCUGCUCCAGAGAGCUCAGGACCUCAGACUGGGGCGAAGGUUCACCUUCCAACAGGACAACGACCCUAAGCACACAGCCAAGACAACGCAUGAGUGGCUUCGGGACAAUUCUCUGAAUGUCCUUGAGUGGCCCAGCCAGAGCCCGGACUUGAACCCGAUCAAACAUCUGGAGACCUGAAAAUAGCUGCGCAGCGACGCUCCCUAUCCAACCUGACAGAGCUUGAAAGGACCUGCAGAGAAGAAACUCCCCAAAUAUAGGUGUGCCAAGCUUGUAGCGUCAUACCCAAGAAGCCUUGAGGCUGUAAUCGUUGCCAAAGGUGCUUCAACAAAGUACUGAGUAAAGGGUCUGAAUACUCAUGUAAAUGUGAUAUUUUUCUAAUACAUUUUUUAUACAUUUUCAAAAUGUCCUAAAAAAAAUUGUUGCUUUGUUAUUGUGGGGUAUUGUGUGUAGAUUGAUGAGGGGAAGAAAACAAUUCAAUCCAUUUUAGAAUAAGGCUGUAACUUAACAAUGUUCAAAAAGUCAAGGGGUCUGAAUACUUUCUGAAUGCACUGUAUAUAGGCCCUGUUCAUAGACUUAUAUAGACCCAGCCCUGCUCAUAGACUUAUAUAGACCCAGCCCUGCUCAUAGACUUAUAUAGACCCAGCCCUGCUCAUAGACUUAUAUAGACCCAGCCCUGCUCAUAGACUUAUAUAGACCCAGCCCUGCUCAUAGACUUAUAUAGACCCAGCCCUGCUCAUAGACUUAUAUAGACCCAGCCCUGCUCAUAGACUUAUAUAGACCCAGCCCUGUUCAUAGACUUAUAUAGACCCAGCCCUGCUCAUAGACUUAUAUAGACCCAGCCCUGCUCGUAGACUUAUAUAGACCCAGCCCUGCUCAUAGACUUAUAUAUAGACCCAGCCCUGCUCAUAGACUUAUAUAGGCCCAGCCCUGCUCAUAGACUUAUAUAGACCCAGCCCUGUUCAUAGACUUAUAUAGACCCAGCCCUGCUCAUAGACUUAUAUAGACCCAGCCCUGCUCAUAGACUUAUAUAGACCCAGCCCUGCUCAUAGACUUAUAUAGGCCCAGCCCUGCUCAUAUACUUAUAUAGACCCAGCCCUGCUCAUAGACUUAUAUAGACCCAGCCCUGCUCAUAGACUUAUAUAGACCCAGCCCUGCUCAUAGACUUAUAUAGACCCAGCCCUGCUCAUAGACUUAUAUAGACCCAGCCCUGCUCAUAGACUUAUAUAGGCCCAGCCCUGCUCAUAGACUUAUAUAGACCCAGCCCUGCUCAUAGACUUAUAUAGACCCAGCCCUGCUCAUAGACUUAUAUAUAGACCCAGCCCUGCUCAUAGACUUAUAUAUAGACCCAGCCCUGCUCAUAGACUUAUAUAUAGACCCAGCCCUGCUCAUAGACUUAUAUAUAGGCCCAGCCCUGCUCAUAGACUUAUAUAGGCCCAGCCCUGCUCAUAGACUUAUAUAUAGACCCAGCCCUGCUCAUAGACUUAUAUAGACCCAGCCCUGCUCAUAGACUUAUAUAUAGACCCAGCCCUGCUCAUAGACUUAUAUAGACCCAGCCCUGCUCAUAGACUUAUAUAGACCCAGCCUUGCUCAUAGACUUAUAUAUAGGCCCAGCCCUGCUCAUAUACUUAUAUAGACCCAGCCCUGCUCAUAGACUUAUAUAGACCCAGCCCUGCUCAUAGACUUAUAUAUAGACCCAGCCCUGCUCAUAGACUUAUAUAGACCCAGCCCUGCUCAUAGACUUAUAUAGACCCAGCCCUGCUCAUAAACUUAUAUAGGCCCAGCCCUGCUCAUAUACAUAUACAGUUGAAGUCUGAAGUUUACAUAUAUUUAGGUUGGAGUCAUUAAAACUCGUUUUUCAACCAGUUGGAGUCAUUAAAACUAGUUUUUCAACCACUCCACAAAUGUCUUGUUAACAAACUAUAGUUUUGGUAAGUCGGUUAGGACAUCUACUUUGUGCAUGACGCAAGUAAUUUUUCCAACAAUUGUUUACAGACAGAUUAUUUCACUUAUAAUUCACUGUAUCACAAUUCCAGUGGGUCAGAAGUUUACAUACACUAAGUUGACUGUGCCUUUAAACAGCUUGGAAAAUUCCAGAAAAUGAUGUCAUGGCUUUAGAAGCUUCUGAUAGGCCAAUUGACAUCAUUUGAGUCAAUUGGGGGUGUACCUGUGGAUGUAUUUCAAGGCCUACCUUCAAACUCAGUUCCUCUUUGCUUGACAUCAUGGGGAAAUCAAAAGAAAUCAGCCAAGACCUCAGAAAAUAAAUUGUAGACCUCCACAAGUCUGGUUCAUCCUUGGGAGCAAUUUCCAAACGCCUGAAGGUACCACGUUCAUCUGUACAAACAAUAGUACGCAAGUAUGAACACCAUGGGACCACGCAGCCGUCAUAGCGGUCAGGAAGGAGAUGCGUUCUGUCUCCUAGAGAUGAACGUACUUUGGUGCGAAAAGUGCAAAUCAAUCCCAGAACAACAGCAAAGGACCUUGUGAAGAUGCUGGAGGGAACAGGUACAAAAGUAUCUAUAUCCACAGUAAAACGAGUCUUAUAUCGAAAGGCCGCUCAGCAAGGAAGAAGCCACUGCUCCAAAACCGCCAUAAAAAAGCCAGACUACGGUUUGCAACUGCACAUGGGGACAAAGAUCGUACUUUUUGGAGAAAUGUCCUCUGGUCUGAUGAAACAAAAAUAGAACUGUUUGGCCAUAAUGACCAUCGUUAUGUUUAAUUUAACUUAGACUUAUAUAUAGACCCAGCCCUGCUCAUAGACUUAUAUAGACCCAGCCCUGCUCAUAGACUUAUAUAGACCCAGCCCUGCUCAUAGACUUAUAUAGACCCAGCCCUGCUCAUAGACUUAUAUAGACCCAGCCCUGCUCAUAGACUUAUAUAGACCCAGCCCUGCUCAUAGACUUAUAUAGACCCAGCCCUGCUCAUAGACUUAUAUAGACCCAGUCCUGCUCAUAGACUUAUAUAGACCCAGCCCUGCUCAUAGACUUAUAGGCCCUGCCCUGCUCAUAUACUUAUAUAGACCCAGCCCUGCUCAUAGACUUAUAUAUAGACCCAGCCCUGCUCAUAGACUUAUAUAGACCCAGCCCUGCUCAUAGACUUAUAUAGACCCAGCCCUGCUCAUAGACUUAUAUAGACCCAGCCCUGCUCAUAUACUUAUAUAUAGACCCAGCCCUGCUCAUAGACUUAUAUAGGCCCAGCCCUGCUCAUAGACUUAUAUAUAGACCCAGCCCUGCUCAUAGACUUUUAUAUAGACCCAGCCCUGCUUAUAGACUUAUAUAGACCCAGCCCUGCUCAUAGACUUAUAUAGACCCAGCCCUGCUCAUAGACUUAUAUAGACCCAGCCCUGCUCAUAGACUUUUAUAUAGACCCAGCCCUGCUCAUAGACUUAUAUAGACCCAGCCCUGCUCAUAGACUUAUAUAGACCCAGCCCUGCUCAUAGACUUAUAUAGACCCAGCCCUGCUCAUAGACUUAUAUAUACCCAGCCCUGCUCAUAGACUUAUAUAGACCCAGCCCUGCUCAUAGACUUAUAUAGACCCAGCCCUGCUCAUAGACUUUUAUAGACCCAGCCCUGCUCAUAGACUUAUAUAGACCCAGCCCUGCUCAUAGACUUAUAUAGACCCAGCCCUGCUCAUAGACUUUUAUAGACCCAGCCCUGCUCAUAGACUUUUAUAGACCCAGCCCUGCUCAUAGACUUAUAUAGGCCCAGGCCUGCUCAUAGACUUGUAUAUAGACCCAGCCCUGCUCAUAGACUUAUAUAGGCCCAGCCCUGCUCAUAGACUUAUAUAGGCCCAGGCCUGCUCAUAGACUUAUAUAUAGACCCAGCCCUGCUCAUAGACUUAUAUAGACCCAGCCCUGCUCAUAGACUUAAAUAGGCCCAGGCCUGCUCAUAGACUUAUAUAUAGACCCAGGCCUGUACUUCCAGGAACUGGAACCUCCAGCAGGUUUAACAGGACUAAAGAGCUUCUGAUCUGGUUUAUAUGUCGAUUAGUCAGGAGAGACGUAUGCUUUAUCACAGCAGGCAGCCAGCAGGGAUUUAUAAUGUAGCCAACAUGUACAGUCAGCUCAGUGAAUAGUAAAAGAUGACUAGCGCUAGCAGCAAUGUGGUUAGCAUCAUCAGAGGCAUGCACUGUUCUUUGUUUCUGUGUUCUACAGACUAUUAUGCUGAGGUCAUUGUAAACACUUCCCUAACUGUCUCCUCUCCCUCCCUGUAUCAGCCGGGCGAAGCUGUGGAUCUGUAUGGAGUACUGUGGUGGAGGAUCUCUACAAGACGUAUAUCAUGGUGCGUUGUUCUGCUCACAUCUCUCAUUUUUAAAAACAUUUUUAGUAAUUUAGCAGACGCUCUUAUUCAGAGCGACUUACAGGAGCGAUUAGGGUUAAGUGCCUUGCUCAAGGGCACAUCUGCAGAUUUUUCACCAAGUCGGCUCGGGGAUCUGAACCAGGAAGUAUUCGGUUACUGGCCCAACGCUCUUAACCGAUGUCUCUCUCUCUCUCUCUCUCUCAUAUCAUCAUCAGAGUUAUUGCCAUCAUAACUUAUGGCUUCUUAUUGUUGACAUGUUUCAUCCCUCCCCCUGUUGUAUGACCACACCGUUGCCUAGGAUUCUGUCUGUAAACUGUAAUCAAUCUGACCCUUAUAAUAAACAUACACUACAUGACCAAAAGUAUGUGGACACCUGCUCGUCGAACAUCUCAAAAUUAUGGGCAUUAAUAUGGAGUUGGUCCCCCCUUUGCUGCUAUAACAGCCUCCACUCUUCUGGGAAGGCUUUCCACUAGAUGUUGGAACAUUGCUGCGGGGACUUGCUUCCAUUCAGCCACAAGAGCAUUAGUGAGGUCAUGCACUGAUGUUGGGCGAUUAGGCCUGGCUCGCAGUCGGCGUUCCAAUUCAUCCCAAAGGUGUUCGUUGGGGUUGAGGUCAGGGCUCUCUGCAGGCCAGUCAAGUUCCUCCACACUGAUCUCGACAAACCAUUUCUGUAUGGACCUUGCUUUGUGCACGGGGGCAUUGUCAUGCUGAAACAGGAAAGGGCCUUUCCCCAAACUGUUGCCACAAAGUUGGAAGCACAGAAUUGUCUAGAAUGUCAUUGUAUGCUGUAGCGUUAAGAUUUCCCUUCACUGGAACUAAGGGGCCUAGCCCGAACCAUGAAAAACAGCCCCAGACCAUUAUUCCUCCUCUACCAAACUUUACAGUUGGGGCAGGUAGCGUUCUCCUGGCAUCCGCCAAACCCAGAUUUGUCCGUCAGACUGCCAGAUGGUGAAGCGUGAUUCAUCACUCCACAGAACGCGUUUCUACUGCCCCAGAGUCCAAUGGCGGCGAGCUUUACACCUCUCCAGCCGACGCUUGGCAUUGCGCAUGGGGAUCUUAGGCUUGUGUGCGGCUGCUCAGCCAUUUAAACCCAUUUCAUGAAGCAUCUGACAAACAGUUAUUGUGCUGACGUUGCUUCCAGAGGCAUUUUUGAACUCGGUAGUGAGUGUUGCAACCUCGGACAUACUAUUUUUACACGCUAUGCUCUUCAGCACUCGGCGGUCCCGUUCUGUGAGCUUGUGUGGCCUACCACUUCGCGGCUGAGCCGUUGUUGCUCCUAGACGUUUCCACUUCACAAUAACAGCACUUACAGUUGACCGGGGCAGCUCUAGCAGGGCAGACAUUUUACGAACUGACUUGUUGUAAAGGUGUCAUCCUAUGACGGUGUCACGUUGAAAGUCACUGAGCUCUUCAGUAAGGCCAUUCUACUGCCAAUGUUUGUCUAUGGAGAUUGCACGGCUGUGUGCUCGAUUUUAUACACCUGUCAGCAACGGGUGUGGCUACAAUAUCCGAAUCCACUCAUUUGAAGGGUCGUCCACAUACUUUUGUAUUUACAGUGUGUAAUUAACUAUAGAAAGGACAGCAGCAGAAUAACCAUGUUUUCAUUUCCCAGUGACGGGUCCCUUGUCAGAGAUACAGAUCGCCUACGUCUGCAGAGAGACCAUACAGGUAAUUAGACAUGGUUCAACCCUCUUGGUGCCAGUUUCCUGGACCUCGACUCGGCCUACUUCUGCGGCCGUCUCAGAGCAGCUGUGCUGAUUUUAGGAUCAGAGUUUUGCCUUUUUAGAUCACAGUGAAGGAGGUUAUAUGGACAGGGAGGACCCGAUCCUAGAUCCUACUCGACGCUUGAUACAUAAAGCCCCCAAGACUACAAAACUGUACUCAAUGGUAUCUCCAUUUAAAGGGCUGUUUAGGCCGGAAAUAGGCCUAGAUUUAAUCUAGAUCCAGGAAACCAGCCCUAGUUGGUGUCUAACUUCUCACAUUUACUCUUCUGGGUGUCGCCAACGUUAGCAAUUCCACCCAGUCUCACAUGGCUCUUUUCAUUCACAGGGUUUGGGAUACCUACACAGCAAGGGAAAGAUGCACCGUGAUAUCAAGGUAUGGCACCGUACAUAUUCCCUCUCUCUUCUUUACACUGGCCCACUAAAUGUCUCUGCCAGUUCAUCAUGAAGGGGAAGAAGUCCUUGUCUGGCAGUACCGCUCUCACACCUUCCUCUUCGCUGCAGACUGAGGUGUGAAUUACAUUGUUAAAAACACGUCGUCUGCAAUAUUACCCCCUUGUGUCGACGCUGCACCAGAGAAGUAUGGUGGUAUUUCAUCUCUGCAGAGUGAGUAAAAGCCACAGGAAGAGAGUGGUUGGCUGGCUGGCUGGCUAGCUGGCUGGCUGGCUGGCUGGCUGGCUGGCUUGGGGGUAUGUAGUGGUGUACUGCGGUUGCAUGUGACUGAUUUUAGUCAGUCAGCGUAGGCAGCAGCUCUAUAGAGAUGAGAUGAUGACUUGGAAUGAAAUAAUAAAGUCAACAAAUGUAAUAUACACAACAACUGAAAUAUUUUAUUCAAGUCACGUUAAUAAAUGAUGGUCACUACCAUCAUGGGACUUUUAUAUUAAUCGUUUUAUUCUGUGUUAACAGCAUUCAAAACUGAAAUCAAAAGAAACAGAUUAUUUUUUAAGAAUCGAACAGAAACCAAACCGGACUCAAAACGCACUAAUCACUCAGCACUAUUAGACACCAAACGGAAGAAAACAGACUGAAACAGGGAGGGAUUAACUGGACUUGUCCAAUAAGAAACACACUGUUUCUGUUUCUGUGGCCUACAGACAACGACCCAGUUCAUGCCUCUAGCCCUAGUGUAAUGGUUCUGUUCUCUUGUGUUGUUAUCAGUGGGUCAGGGUUGGGUGCAGAGGUUCUGUUCUCUUGUGUUGUUAUCAGUGGGUCAGGGUUGGGUGCAGAGGUUCUGUUCUCUUGUGUUGUUAUCAGUGGGUCAGGGUUGGGUGCAGAGGUUCUGUUCUCUUGUGUUGUUAUCAGUGGGUCAGGGUUGAGUCCAGAGGUUCUGUUCUCUUGUGUUGUUAUCAGUGGGUCAGGGUUGGGUGCAGAGGUUCUGUUCUCUUGUGUUGUUAUCAGUGGGUCAGGGUUGAGUCCAGAGGUUCUGUUCUCUUGUGUUGUUAUCAGUGGGUCAGGGUUGAGUCCAGAGGUUCUGUUCUCUUGUGUUGUUAUCAGUGGGUCAGGGUUGGGUGCAGAGGUUCUGUUCUCUUGUGUUGUUAUCAGUGGGUCAGGGUUGGGUGCAGAGCAUAUCUCAGCUUUACCACCAUACCCAGAGAGUCGUUUCCUGUUUCUGCUGUCCUCUCUCUCUCUCUCUCUCUCUCUCUCUCUCUCUCUCUCUCUCUCUCUCUCUCUCAAUUCAAUUUAAGGGCUUUAUUGGCAUGGGAAACGUAUGUUAACGUUGCCAAAGCAAGUGAAGUAGAUAGUAAACAAAAGUGAAAUAAAUAUUAACAGUAAACAUUACUCAGAAGUUCCAAAAGAAUAAAGACAUUUCAAAUGUCAUAUUAUGUCUAUAUACAGUGUUGUAACAAUGUGCAAAUAGUUAAAGUACAAAUGGGAAAAUAAAUAAACAUAAAUAUGGGUUGUAUUUACAAUAGUGUUUGUUCUUCACUGGUUGCCCUUUUCUUGUGGCAACAGGUCACAAAUCUUGCAGCUGUGACGGCACACUGGUAUUUCACCCAAUAGAUAUGGGAGUUUAUCAAAAUUGGGUUUGUUUUUGAAUUCUUUGUGGGUCUGUGUAAUCUGAGGGAAAUAUGUGUCUCUAAUAUGGUCAUACAUUUGGCAGGAGGUUAGGAAGUGCAGCUCAGUUUCCACCUCAUUUUGUGGGCAGUGUGCACAUAGCCUGUCUUCUCUUGAGAGCCAGGUCUGCCUACGGCUGCCUUUCUCAAUAGCAAGGCUAUGCUCACUGAGUCUGUACAUAGUCAAAGAUGUCCUUAAUUUUUGGGUCAGUCACAGUGGUCAGGUAUUCUGCCACUGUGUACUCUCUGUUUAGGGCCAAAUAGCAUUCUAGUUUGCUCAGUUUUUUUGUAAAUUCUUUCCAAUGUUUCAAGUAAUUAUCUUUUUGUUUUGUCAUGAUUUGGUUGGGUCUAAUUGUGUUGCUGUCACCCCCCCCCCCCCCCCCCCCCCCCCCUCUCUCUCUGGCUCUCUCUCUCUCUGGCUCUCUCUCUCCCUCUCCCUCCUCUCCUCUCUCCUCUCUCCUCUCUCUCUCUCUCUCUCUCUCUCUCUGGCUCCUCUCUCCUCUCUCUCUGGCUCUCUCUCUCCCUCUCUCUCUCUGUCUCUCUCUCUCUCUGGCUCUCUCAAUUCAAAGGGCUUUAUUAUCAUGGGAAACAUUUUUUUACAUUGCCAAAGCAAGUAAACCAUCUCUGCUCUCCUCUACCCAUCUCUUUCUCCCUCCCUCCCUCCCUCCCUCCCUCCCUCCCUCUCUCUCGCGCUCUGUUGCUCUCUCUCCUCCUCUCUCUUCUCUCUCUUCUCUCUCCUCCUCUCUCGUCUUCUCUCUCUGGUCUCUCUUCUCUCUCUCCUCCCCCCCCUCUCUCUCUCUCUCUCGCUCUCUCCUCCUCUCUCUCCUCUUUCUCUCACUGCAGAAUGCCACCAGACACAGCUGUCAAUAAACUGCCAACCCCGCUACCACAAUACAAACUCCCUCACUAUAGUGUUGCCCCACAGUGAAAAUACAAUACCUGCUAGCUACACAAUUACAAUCACUUUAUCACAACCAGUCGAAGAUGAAAUAACACACUCAUGAUAAUCAUUUUGUGGAAAGGGGAAAUGUUUGAUCAGCUGUUAAGUUCUGAAGAGUGAUGGAACUUUAUAUAUCCUCAAAUCAAAUCAAAUCUAAUUUGUCACAUACACACGUUUAGCAGAUGUUAUUGCGGGUGUAGCGAAACGCUUGCGUUCCUAGCUCCAACAAUGCAGUAGUAUCUAACAAUUCACAAAAAUACACACAUCUAAAAGUGAAAGAAUGGAAUUAAGAAAUAAAUAAAUAUUAGGAUGAGCAAUGUUGGAGUAGAAUUGACUAAAAUACAGUAGAAUAGAAUACAGUAAUGUAGAUAUGAGAUGAGUAAAGCAGUAUCAACACAUUGCUGUGCGGCUGAGAGACUAACGGCUCGACGUUUGGGUUCUUUUCUCCAGGGUGCUAAUAUCCUCCUGACAGACAGCGGGGAUGUGAAACUAGGUGAGCUAUUCGAUCUCUAUGAAGACGGCCUAUAAAAGGGCUAACCUCGUGACCCUCAGCUGUGUGUCUGUUUAUAUCAUCUGAAAGGACCUGUCACUUCUCAUUCCAGCCGAUUUUGGAGUAGCAGCCAAAAUAACAGCCACCAUUGCCAAGAGGAAGUCCUUCAUCGGGACCCCUUACUGGUGAGUCCUCCUCUGAGACCGUUUGUCCCGAAUGGCACCCUGUUCCCUUUAUAGUUCACUACUUUUAUAGGGUGCCAUUUGGGACGACACUUUCUCUCCAUAAAGAGCCCCUGAAAGUGUUUAUUCAAAGAUUGCUGUUGUUCAGGCAACUUUCUCUUCAGGGCCAUGCCUCACUAGAGGAUCACCCCCCCCCAACCCACAGGGGGCAGCAUUGUAGUACUUUAACUACCCCACAGGGGGCAGCAGUGGAAUACGUUAAAUACCCCACAGGGGGCAGCAGUGGAAUACGUUAAAUACCCCACAGGGGGCAGCAUUGGAAUACGUUAAAUAACCCAUAGGGGGCAGCAGUGGAAUACGUUAAAUACCCCACAGGGGGCAGCAGUGGAAUACGUUAAAUACCCCACAGGGGGCAGCAGUGUAAUACGUUAACUACCCCACAGGGGGCAGCAAUGGAAUACGUUAACUACCCCACAGGGGGCAGCAGUGGAAUACGUUAACUACCCCACAGGGGGCAGCAGUGUAAUACGUUAACUACCCCACAGGGGGCAGCAGUGGAAUACGUUAACUAACCCACAGGGGGCAGCAGUGUAAUACGUUAACUAACCCACAGGGGGCAGCAGUGUAAUACGUUAACUAACCCACAGGGGGCAGCAGUGUAAUACGUUAACUAACCCACAGGGGGCAGCAGUGGAAUACGUUAACUAACCCACAGGGGGCAGCAGUGUAAUACGUUAACUAACCCACAGGGGGCAGCAGUGUAAUACAUUAACUAACCCACAGGGGGCAGCAGUGUAAUACAUUAACUAACCCACAGGGGGCAGCAGUGUAAUACAUUAACUAACCCUAGAGCCGUAUGAAUUUUAAACCCGAGCCUGAGCUCGUGGCGCUCUGAGUCUGUGAGUAUCCAUAGCAACGGCUCCACUUGGGCUGCUCUGCUCAAUGAAGAGACAUGAGAGAGCCGUUAGCUGUUAGCUACUUUCAGUCACUCUAAACUCUGACAAAACUCAAGGAACAUCAUUAUUUUCUGUGAAGUAAUCUCUCCUGUUUUUAUAUUGGACGAGGUUGAAGCGCUUCUGACACCAUGUUAUGGUCUUAGUCAGAUAUGACUGUACUGUGCAGCAGAGCACGAGGAAAUGGCUGAGCUUCAAAAUGUUACUGAUCAAUUUAGUGAAGCCCUGCCCGAACCUUUAGUUAUUGAUGAGAAAACAGGCCCUACCCGGCCCUAACCCGAUGUAUGGCCCCUGAGGUAGCGGAUUGAGAUGAUGUGGAACGGGAAGACUAGAUGUGUAAUAUCCCCAAACUAGAAUUAAUUCUAUUUCUAUGUGUAAUAUGUCUUUAUUCUGUCCAGGAUGGCCCCGGAGGUAGCAGCGGUGGAGAAGAACGGAGGAUACAACCAGCUGUGUGACAUCUGGGCCGUGGGCAUCACCGCAAUAGAACUGGCUGAGCUGCAGCCCCCUAUGUUUGACCUGCACCCAAUGAGGUACUGCUCCUGAUCCACUUCCUCACUUAUCAGCCAAUCUGGGCUGUCUCCGCCAUCCACUUCCUCACUCAUCUAUUAAUCAGUGCUGUUUCUGCUCCACUUCCUCGUAUAUAUCAACCAAUCAGGGCUGUUUCUACUCCACUUCCUCAUCACCCUUUUGAGGUGUCGGCAGAAAGCGGAUGUUGCCGGUUUUCAGGUUUACAAUAUUUUCAACCUAACUUCCGUUUCCCCUGAAAAACGGAAGAGGGGAUUCCGCUCAGGCUGCUACGUUAGGUCACUUCCUCAUAUAUCAGCCAAUGAGUGCUGCUCCUGCCCUCCACUUCCUUACACAUGUCAUCCACCGAUCAACUGCUGUUUCUGCCCCACUUAUCUAACAAUCUGCUGGAUUGAUCUACUUCCUGCUUUUGUAUUCUGAUAAUGUUGCCUCUGAUCUUUUCAUCACUAAAGCUGUUCUCUGAUCUGAUGCAAUUAAAAUUACAGGGGCGAGUUUCCCAAAAUGUUUGUAGCACUAAGAUUAUUGUUAGUCCAUUGCCUUAAUGCCUUCCACUGGCCUUAAGAUGGUCUUAGUGCGUAGGAAGGUUUUGUGAAACUCACCCCAGUACAUUGUGGGAAAGUCUCACCACACUGGUGGUAAAAUAAGAGAAUGUUAUAGCUCAGCUGGUAACGCCAAGGUAGUGGGUUCGAACCCCGGGACCACCCAUACACAAAAAAAAAAAAAAUGUAUGCACGCAUGACUGUAAGUCGCUUUGGAUAAAAGCGUUUGCUAAAUGGCAUAUUAUUAUUAUUAUUAUUAUAUGACAUGAUUUAAUAUCAGUUGUGUUCUAUUCCAGGGCCUUGUUUUUCAUGUCAAAGAGCAGCUUUCAGCCUCCCAAGCUAAAAGACAAAACUAAAUGGUGAGUACAGUACAGUCCACCUGUGACCCGGAACGGUUAUACCCCGUUGUUUCUGUUUUCUGUUUUACUGCUGCAGUCCGUAACGGUAGUUUCCCUUCCAGGUCCACAGCCUUCCAUAACUUCGUUAAAGUCUGUCUGACCAAGAACCCAAAGAAGAGACCGACAGCAGAGAAGCUCCUUUCGGUAACUAACUGACACGUACUCAUUUGAAAGUGCUUCUUGGUCGAGGAAUAGUGUCAGGGAAACCAGCUUAUACAGUCUAAUUAAUCUACAUUUUACAUUUUAGUCAUUUAGCAGACGCUCUUAUCCAGAGCGACUUACAGUUAGUGAGUGCAUACAUUUUCUAGAGUUAAUAAUUACAAAUGUUCUGGAUCAUUAGGGUUGACAAGACUCUUCCUCUGAGAUGUACAAGGUGUUAAUUAUAGUGAAAAUGAAAUUCUUCAUCUCUUUUUUUUUCUGGACUCCAUGGUAAAAUAUGUCAGUUUGUUAAUAGUUGUCACUAGUUAAUAUCUGUUAUUAGGAGUAUUAGUGUGCAGACCAUCUGGUGUUCUUGAUGUCACUAGAUCACUAAUAAAGCCUGUCUGUCUGUCCGUCUGUCUGUCCCUCUGUCUGUCUGUCCCUCUGUCUGUCUGUCUGUCUGUCUGUCUGUCCCUCUGUCUGUCUGUCCCUCUGUCUGUCUGUCUGUCCCUCUGUCUGUCUGUCUGUCCCUCUGUCUGUCCCUCUGUCUGUCCCUCUGUCUGUCCCUCUGUCUGUCCCUCUGUCUGUCUGUCCCUCUGUCUGUCUGUCCCUCUGUCUGUCUGUCCCUCUGUCUGUCUGUCUGUCCCUCUGUCUGUCUGUCUGUCCCUCUGUCUGUCUGUCUGUCCCUCUGUCUGUAUGUCCCUCUGUCUGUAUGUCCCUCUGGCUGUCCCUCUGUCUGUCCCUCUGGCUGUCCCUCUGUCUGUCCCUCUGUCUGUCCCUCUGUCUGUCCCUCUGUCUGUCCCUCUGUCUGUCCCUCUGUCUGUCCCUCUGUCUGUGUAUCUGUCUGUCUGUCUGUUUAUCCUCCUGUCUGUCUGUCUGUCUGUCUCCCUCCCUCCCUCCCUCCCUCCCUCCGUGUUACAGCAUGUGUUUAUAGGCCAGACAGGUCUGACCAGGAGGGUAGCUGUGGAGCUGCUGGACAAGAUGAACAACCCAGACAACCACCAACACUUCUCUGAGGUGGACGACGAUGACCUGGAGGUAUAUAACUAA